AUCUCCAUGGAAAUUCCACAGGUGAAUAAAUAAAAUUAAAAAGGAGAAUGAAAUAAAAGUUUAAUUUUAGCUAGUUUUUCAUUGAAUGCGGGAAUAUUAUUGGUAAAUUUCUUACUAAUCAAUAUAAAUUCGUUGGCUGUGUUUUUCGGCCGAGUAUUACAAUAUUUAUAUUGGAAUAUAGAGGAAAUAUUCUGAAGUAUUCAUUCUUUUAUGACACGCGUACAUUAAAGUACUCUCAAGUUUGAGUUAUUUCGAUUACUGAAUUAUAUAUCUGCAAGUGACGUCAUCGUAGAUAUCCUGGCCUUUGUUGAUUUAGAAAUCAAUCAGGUUCGACAGACAGGGCCGAGCUUAGAGAACAUUUCAACUUUCAAUGUGCAUGAAUUUUCAAGCAUGUGACAGAUAACUGGGAUUAUAAAAUGAUCCUUUCUUCUAAAAUGUCUUUGCCCGGAAUAUGACAACUGUUGAAAGUGAAGUCAUUUUAAAGAAAAGAAAGAUGGUGCCUCGAGCGGCAGCAAAUGAGUUGGAAUGCCUGGUAGGUGACAAAACAGAAACUUACGAUGAGAAAAAUUCAUCCAGGCAAAUAACAAUUAAAUACAAAAUGACAGAAAUGAACUCAAGCAAAAGUGAUUGGAACUUUGACGAUGAGUUUUCAGAUGGUGAUACUCAUCAAACUCUUUUAGAAGAUAAAACUGUUGUGCUUCACCCCAAAGAAUCUAUGUUCUCUAUAGCAUUACAAGUAUUUGUGCCUUAUUUAAUUGCAGGAUUUGGGACUGUUGGAGCAGGUCUCGUCCUUGAUAUUGUACAGCAUUGGGAUGUUUUUAAAACAGUAUCAGAAAUUUUUAUUCUUGUGCCUGCAUUAUUAGGUCUUAAAGGAAAUUUAGAAAUGACCCUUGCAUCUAGAUUAUCAACGCAGGCUAAUUUGGGAAACAUGGAUACUACAAAAGAACAGUGGAAGUUGGCAACUGGUAACAUGGCACUAAUACAGUGCCAGGCAAUAGUUGUGGGCUUCCUAGCAUCUUUAUUUGCAAUGAUCAUGGGUUGGAUACCUGAAGGCAAAUUUAAUUUAGAGCAUGCUGCCCUUCUGUGUGCUUCUAGUUUGGUAACAGCCUCAUUGGCAAGUUUUGUGCUAGGUUGUGUUAUGGUUGGGGUAGUUAUUUGUUCAAGGAAGCUGCAUAUAAAUCCAGAUAAUGUUGCCACUCCAAUAGCAGCCUCUUUGGGAGAUUUGACUACUCUAUCUCUACUAGCUGGUAUCAGCUAUGUUUUAUAUAGUAAAUUAGACACUCCUGGUUAUGCAAUAUCACUUAUCAUUUUCUUUCUAAUACUAACCCCUCUCUGGGUAGUGGUUGCAAAAAACAAUAAAUAUACCUGUGAAGUUUUAUAUUCAGGAUGGACUCCUGUUAUAUCUGCUAUGGCAAUUUCCAGUAUUGGAGGGUGUAUCCUUGAUUUUGCUGUGGACAAAUUUCAUGGUAUUGCUGUGUUCCAGCCUGUCAUUAAUGGUGUUGGGGGCAACUUAGUUGCUGUACAAGCCAGUCGCAUAUCCACAUACUUACAUCAAAGAUCAAAAUUAGGAGUUUUACCGAAAGAAGAUAGAGUUAUUUGUACAAACCCUUUAACAACUUUCUUUGGAAAUAGCAUUCACUCGAUCACCGCCCGUGUGUUGAUGUUGAUGGUGAUUCCGGGUCACUUGGUGUUCACUUAUGGCAUUCGUUUCAUGAAUGCUGGUCACACGUCUUUGACGCCAAUGUUUUUAGCAUUUUAUUUGCUUGCUGCUGUGAUACAAGUGACUCUUCUGUUAUAUAUUGCUCAGGUGAUGGUGCAUUGGAUGUGGGGGAAGAAAAUCGAUCCAGAUAACUCUGCCAUACCCUAUCUCACUGCUUUAGGGGAUUUAUUGGGCACUGCUCUACUGGCAGUUGCAUUUAGUAUUUUAUAUGAAAUUGGUGAUAAAGAUUAUGAUGUUGGUGAAUAAUGCGUUCCUUUCUUAUUUUGUAAUGGUUUUUUUAUUGUUUAGAUGUGGUUUUUUUUUAUUACUCUGUUAAAUAGAAAUUACCUGUGUUUCUUUGUUUUUUUUAAUUAAUUUCAGAGAUCUCAUCAGUAGUUGUGGGCAAAAUUGGUUCUGAAUGUCUUUCUAAGAUAUUUUCCCCCCAAUUCAGGCUGUAACUAGGAUUUGAAUUUGGAAGGGUAUUCACACUUUGAUAUGUAUCUGUUCCUGAAAAAUUAAAAUCACUGAUGCACAUGUUUGUAAAUAAUUUACAUACUGUUUUAAAGAGUAUGUCUAGAAAGUAUGGAUUUAAUGAAAUAUCUCAAGACACGCUUAUUGGAUUAAGAAUCUAUGAAUACACAUGUUUUUAAAAAAUGCAUUCAAUGAUGUUAGAUCUGACCCCUAAUUCAUAAAAAAUAGAACAUAGGACAACUUCAAAAUCAUAAAUAGAAACUGCCAUUUAAUAUUGCUGGUUUGGAUACUCCAAAAAAAGUACCCUGCACUUUUUUCUUCUUGAAAAUUGAACAAAUGCAGUAAAAAAUUGGGGAUUCUUAUCUGAAUUCUAAUCUUAUCUUAAUUUGUCUUAAAUUGCUGUACUUUUUAUGAGAAAGUCGAAAUCUGCAAAAAUGAAAGAGGCUCUCAUUUAAGAUUUUGAACUUUCCCAGCGCUGCACCUAAGGUACAAGGUUGCCGUUUCAACCUUUAACAUCCAUAGCUCUAUCUUUAUUUUACUCGAGGUUGUUUUAAAUUCCAGGCCAAAAGCAUUGUCUGCCUGUAUUUAUUUAUUUAUUUUACUAUUCCAAGUUCAGAAGGUCAAUUUUUAAGUAAUACAAUUUUUGCUAUCCUAUCAUAUUGCAUCUAGGAGUCAAAAUUCUGUAUGGCUUUUUUUUAUUAUUAAGGUUUUUUGAGUUUUGUUCAGAGUUUAUUUUAAAAUUUUAAUUUGUUGUGGAGAGUCUUUUUACAGAGUUUGAUUGUUUCUGAAAGGUCUUUUUACGAGAUAUGCAUUUUCUGAAAGUUUAAUUUUUGUGAAUUGGAUUUUAAAAAAAGAGUUAUGUAAAAGAACACGAUUUUUUUUCUAGAUCGAUUCCUCUUUUUAAAUAAUAAAUUUAUAUUUUACAAAAUAUUAAAAAAAAUGGCUUAUUAUAAAAUUUUUAAACUAAAGAGACAAUAAAGAUUUAAGGGAAAAUGUCAAAUAUUUGGUUGAAUACCCAUAUUCCACUUCUGGUUACAGGUCUUGAAAUCAUUGGAUCUCAUUAACCCUUUCAAACUAUUGGAAGAAAAUCCCCAUCUGAACUAUUGGAGGGAAAAUAUCCAAUAUUUGGUUGAAUACACAUAUUCCAACUCCUGGUUACAGAUCUUGAUAUCAUUGGAUCUCAUUAACCCUUUCGAACUAUUGGAGUGAAAAUAUCAAAUAUGAAUACCCAUAUUCCAGUUCCUGGUUACAGAUCUUGAAAUCAUUGGAUCUCAUUAACCCUUUCGACCCGGCAGCAUUAAAAUUUAAGUAUGAAAAGCAGUUUAUGUUAAUGCUGACAUACUAAAAAUAAGUAAAUUAUGAGUUUAAAGUUUUCCACUUUUCCCGUUUUUCUGAAAGUUGCCUGGGACAAUAUGCACGAAUGGUCUUGAAUAUUUUAAAACUACCUAUAUAUUGCAUGGGAAAAAAUAAUGAAAGUGAAAUAUUUAAUUAUUAAUUCUUACCUUAAGUUGCUGUUAUAAAAUAAUCGAAACAAAAACUAAAAUUUUGUCUUAUAAUAUUUUAUCACUAAUGAGAUAUAUUGUCCCACUGGUAAAUAUGAUUGGGAUAUAUUGUCGCACUGAUAAGUUCAAUUGGGACAAUGUAUCCCAAGAAACAAAAUGUGUCGAAAUUUCUAAAUCUGAUACUAAAUAGGUACAAUUAUUAUUUAAUAAGAACUAUUUUGCACAAAAUAUGGCAAAAAUAUAGUUGUACUUACCUUAAAAUUCAGAAAAUACGUAAAUUAAAACGAGAUUGACUGGCGUGCUCGCAAACAGAAGUCUGCCCUUUGGAAUAUGCGAGUGUUGCCAAGUGUCUUUGGUCAUGUUUUUUUUUCUGAUGCCAAAAGAACCCUCGAAACAUAAAAAACCAUGCAAAAUUGGGAUCUUUUUAUCCAUUAGGGAAUAAAGUUUAAUCUUUGGGACAUAUACAUCCCGUUCGGGUCAAAAGGGUUAAAAAAAAUAGGGGUAGGGAGAAGCUGAUCUAGCAUUUAUGAUUAGUAGCUUAUAAAAAGCUUUACGGUAUUUUUUUAAAAAUCUCAAUUUAUAUUUUAUUAAUUUGUUCGAUAUGGAAUGUGAUAAAAAGUAGUAUUCGAAAUUUGUAUUAUAUAUAAAGAAUAUGUUAGAUUAUUUGUUUUAUCAUUUUAGCAUACUUAUUUAUGUUUUUCUUAUGCUUAUUUAUUUUCUUAAAACUGGUGAUUUGAUCUCUUGAAUGGUUUAUUACUAUUAUUACCAAUAAAAUUUAGCCUCGCUUUGUAUAAUUUUUGGAUUAUAGUCACUAUAACAUUUAGAUUAGAAUAACAGGUUUUAGCUUGCUAAAUGCUAUGAACAAAACGUCGAAUACAACGUGUCUAUAUAUUGUGAUAUUUCUUGCAAAUAAAUAAUGUAUAAUUGGAAAGAUUAAAUCUUGAAUUUGAGCAAAUUUUGUGAGAAAAAUCUAUACCAUUCAGGAGGAAAGUGUAUUUUUAUUUAACUCGUUCAGGACUAUAAUCAAAUGCCUGGUAUGAGGCGAUUCAUGGGCCACAGUAUCAUAUAUGAGACAAGUCUUUCCAUCUCCUCAGCCUAGUGACUUCUUUUCGGAACAUUAUAUUUAAUUGUUUAACACUAGCCCAAGGAAGUCAUUUUAACUGCUUUUUUCAAUUAGCGAAACAAUGAUGUAUAUAAUGACAAAGUUUCUUAGAAUCUUGUGACUUUUUGUACAACAUUUAAUUUUUUUAUAUUUACUAAUAACUUGUUUUAUAAUUGUAAAUAAUAUAAAAAAUAUUAAAAAUUGAACAAAUUUCAUAACACAUUAUUUAUUCUUACACAAUCCAGUCAUUUUGACUGCAUUUUGGCAAUAUAGGUAUAUACUAAGUUUCAGUCUUUUUAGUGUUAACUAGAUGUUGAAGUCUUUUAUAAUUUUAGGUGUUGGCCAUCAAUGUAAGCUUUUGGUUCCGAGUUUUUUUCCUUCCUUCUUUCAUAAUUUGUUCUAGGCAGGGCCCGUAUACUUGGCUAAUAAUUUGAAAUUCUUAGCAUGGGCCCUGUCUAGGUUAUUUGAACAGGUAAACAAAUGCACAAAAAGAUUGGGCACGGGGAUUAUUGUGCUCUGGGCUUUUGUUUACCUUUCAGUGAAGUGGAAAAGAAUGGAAUGCUUAUUGGUUUAUGUGAGUGUAGGCUUGUUGUUUGGUGUUUUCUAAACAGUAUUUUGUAUGUUUUGAAUCAGUAUUGCAGUUGUUUUUUGAAAUAUAUGAAACAUUUCAUUUCAUCAUGUUCAGGUACUAUUAAUGAUAAUAAACUGAAAAUUUCAUCAUUUAUGUGUAGUAAUGAUUUUAUAUGAAUUUUUAAUUGAAAUUAGGCUUAAUGGGAAAACUUGUUUGUUAAUGUGCGCACAUAAACUCUUGAAUCGUGUGGUUUUAGGAAAGUACUUCUUUCUCCUUUUGCCAGUCCUGAAUUGGUUAAUAAAAUUGUUUGCUCUUAAAUAUGUUUUUACCUUUAAUUGUUAGGUACACUAAAAUUUAUUUUCUCAAAAAUUUGAGAAAUGCUCCAUUUUUUUUAAUUUUAAACAUUUAUUUUAAGUAACACAAUUAAAAUGUAAUAUUAUAGUAACAGUUAUUUUUAACUCAUCUCGUGUUGGAAAAAUGUUCAUAAUAAAUAAUCUAAACUAAACUCAGUGUUCGAGUUGAGUGGUCAACCUAACGUGAUCGUAAUUAAUAAGAGGAUACAAUGUUUCUGUGCAUAGCAAGAUUUAUAUGAGUUCUUGUCAUGUCAUUAAUUAUAAAUUUAAAUACAAUGUAUGUUCAUUUUUUCCUAGCCAUGCAGUUCCAAUGUAUUGUUUAUCUUUAUUUAUUUAUGUGUAUAUCAAAUUUUAAAUGUUCUCAUUUUUAUUUUAACGAUUUUGUAAUACUUUAGAUGAAUUAUUUAUUAUGACAAAUAUUUGGUUGAGAUUAUUUUGAUUGGUUUGCAAGUUUUUAGACACAUUGGUAAAAUCCACAAAAGAGACAAUGGUUUUUGUCAUCCUGUCUUUAAACUCUUAAGUAAACUGUCUGUCUACAGCUGAGUUUCAUUUAAGCAGUAUUAUCAUAUGAAAUAUUGGCAAUAAACUAUAUUGAAAGUUAAUGACUUGUUAAUUAAACUAUUUAGGGAAUUCUUGUAUAUAAAAUGUAUAAAUAUUUAAUUAAAAACUAUAGAUUUAAAGAAAACUGGCCCUAAUCUUUCUGUUUCUAAUUGUCCAAAAUUUAAUAGUGAUGUGAAAUAUGAUAUUUAAUGCGAAAUAUGAAUUUUAAACAGUGAAUACAUUUCAAGAAAUUAUCGAAAAUUUAUUUUAAACUUUUAAUUAUGUCCUAGAAAUAUUUUUAAUAAAUAUAUUUAAAAUUAUAAACAUUAAUAAAACACAUAGUUGCUUGUUAAUUUUUAUAUCUAACAAGUGUACAGUGGAGAUUUUGGGGUAUUUUUAGAAUUUUGGACAGUUUUAGAAAUUUUUGGACAAUAAAUCAGACGUGUUUUUAUCUAAAGUCAAUUUAGGCCGUCCAAAACCUAAUCCUAAAUUAUUAUUGUGAAAAAAUGGUUAAAUUAACAAAUGUUUCUUUUUUCAGUCAUUAAAAAUAUUAUUAAUUGGCAGUGUUAUUGUGCAUACCUUCUUGUAUUAUUUUAAUUUUAGGUAUUGCCUUUCAUUACAAAAUGUUGAUUAUCAAAUAAAUUUGUUUAAAUGUUAAUUAAGAAAUAAUUUUAUUUAAUUAACAGAAUUUAUUUUCCCAGAGAUUAUUAAUAGGCCUAAUUAAUAAAUAAAGGUGAUUAAGGUAAAAUUUUUAUACACAGCUUUGCAUAUAUAUAUAUAUUUCAUAAUCAGAAAUUGGUUUGACUUUGACAGUCUCGUGUGGAGUUCUCUAAAAAACAUAAAAUUUUCUUUAUUUGCUUGAAUCUCUGAUUGAAAGAAGCUUUGCAUUUUUCUGGUUUUUAUAGGAAAAAAUAUAUAUUGUACAGAUUUGUGUAAAAUUGCGUGUAAAUAAGUAAUGUAUAGAAAUUAUAUUAGAACUAUUUUUUGCACAACAACCUAUUUAUUGUAUAAACAAGGGAAUGUAGAGCUUUAUAUAUUUUUAUUUCCUCCAAAAAAAAACAUAUAUAUAUAAUAAUUCUGGGAAAUGAUUGUUUUUAAUAGCUAUUUUUUAAUAGUUACUUAUUUUCAAUAGUUAUAUUUUUAAUUCUACCAAAGAUGACCUAAUUUUACUUUUUUCUUCCUGUGUGUAAUAGCGAUUCUCUUACUCUAUUUGUGAUAAUCCUAUAGAUUAUAAAUUGUCUUCUUCGACAGAGAGUAUUAUUUCAAAAUUGUUAAUGUUCUGCUUGAAUUAAAUGAACUAUUCAGCAUUGUUAUUAUAUUUUUAUGUUCUGCCUUUGUUUUAUAGAUCAUCAUUAUUUUGAUGUUUCAAUUUAAAAUAUAUGACUUUAAUAAACAUUAAUUCUUUUAUUUUUGAUGAA